AUAAGCCCCCCCCCCCAACCCAGAGUGAUUUAAAAUCAACAGAGAAAGGCGCUCUAAAAUCAGAACUGAAUGCGGAAAGUGAAGAACUUUCAACGCUAGGCAGCAAAGAAGGUUGGAUAUGAGAAAGGUCAUUGGUAAGACAAACCCGACUUCUGGCUUCUUUCGAAUGGUGCAUACAGAGUGCUUCUGUGUGCUCCUGUUCGUUUUGUUCCUCCGUCAUCACAAGGACUGCGACAUGGGCCAGACUUAAUCCUAUUUUGCAUGUGAGGAAACAAACUUGUUCAGGGUUUUGGAGGAGAAUGACUCCAACAGCAGCAGAAGAGCCAGCUGUGGGAUCAGAUCAGCAAAUCCAUCCACGUGGCAGAGGGACCUGGGAGGGCCAGGCGUCAGGUUACCAGGCAGCGCUGCCACAGCCGGUAUAAAAGCCCUGACCGGCUGUCCUGGAACACCAGCAAUCAACCUCGCCGCGCGCGUGCUUUGAAUUUCUCAGCAUCUCUCGGGUUUGAAAACCAUCUGACUCCGAACACCAGGCAGCCCCAAAGAGGAUCACCGGGUUCCAAGACCAGCGGCUAGAUGUGGUGCCUGGAGCGGCUCCUGCGGAACCGAGACGGGUUUCUCUCCGGGCGCGUCCGCCGCACCAAAGCGCGAUCGUCCGCUGCGUGCGUAAACGUGCUCACUCCAGACCGCAUCCCAGAGUUCUGCAUCCCACCAAGACUGGAGCCUAGCACGACCUGGGCUGCGCUACGUGAUGCCUGGGCUGCGGAUGCGGAGACGGACGACCACGCGGGUCGCACCGACUGGGACCCGCGCUCACAAGCCGCGCUCUCGCUGCCGCACCUGCCCCGCGCACGCACAGCCUAUGGCUUCUGCGCGCUGCUCGAGAGCCCGCACACGCGCCGAAAGGAGUCGCUCUUCCUCGGCCACCCAAGCGCCCUGGUUCCCCGGCCUGGACUUCGCCGCCGCGCGCACACCUACGCAAGUCCGCGCCGAGUCCCGGACGCCCCGCGCCCCGCGCCUCGUAACCUAGAUGCCUCCCGGGUCCUGCCGCCCACUCCUGCUCCCCGUAGACACCGCCUCCUGCGCGUCCCCGAUGGGCUGCUGAGCCGCGCGCUGCGGGCCCCUCGAGGUCGGACCAGCGCGUGCUCCCCGUCCUCACGCGACAAGCAUGAGAGCGCCGCCGCCUGCGCGCCCCCGGUCCCUGCGGGCCCACGCCCGGAGCGCCUGCAAGCCGAGGCCAGCGUGGCCCUGGGCCGCGGGGAUUGCACGCUGCGCCUGGCCGCCGAGUACUGUCCGCGCAGCGCGUGUCUCCGCCUCCGCCUGCUGCGCGCUGAGGGUCCGGCCGCCGCGCUCGAACCCCGAGCCCUGGGCUGCCGCCUCAGCCUGGUGCUGCGGCCGUCGGGCCAGCAGCGCGCCAGCGUUUUCCGCCGCAGCCGCAAGGCCGCCCUGGACCAGGACUGCUGCUUCGAUGGGCUCUCGGAGGAGCAGCUGUGCCGCCUGGCCGUGCGCAUCAAGGUUGAGAGCAAGGGCCGCGGGCUGGAGCGUGGAAGGCCGCUGGGCCAGGGUGAGCUGCUGCUGGGCUCGCUGCUGCUGCUCUGAGCCCUGAUUCCGUGGGGGCCAUGGACACUGAAGGUCGCUUGGCUCUGAGAUGCUCACACUCUUGGCCCUGGGACACUUGGAGACAGUCUUAACUUUUGGUCCUGGAACACUCACAGCCUCUUGGCUCUUGAACCCUUCAAAGUUGCUUGGCUCUGAGACACUCCCAACACUUGAACCCUGAGAGUCGCCUUAUCCUGGCACACUCACAACCUCUUGGCUUUUGGACAUGGAUGAGCCAUUUGUACAAAAUAAACAUGUCUUCAUUUUUCUAAUCAGGGCUUUGUUUCAAUCCAAUCCUGGCAGAGAUGAUCCUAGAUUAUCACAGUAACAGAUGUAACUUAUUUUUGUGUGGGCAGACACCUUGAAAUUUCGGUUGAGCAAUGGGGUAGUGUUGAGCAGUGUUUCGCACUGUAGACAGCAAUUGUAUUUCAUAUGUAUCACACACUUGAACUGGAAGGUAGUUAAUAUUAUGCAGUGUUAGACCAGCCUCGUUUUAUAAGUUCGUUCAUUUCAUGGUAUCUUUUGAGACUUAUAGUGUCAGUUACUUCUGACGCAUUAAGAUGUUGCAUAAGAAGGGCCAGGGUCUAGUAAGAUUGCUGAGUGGGUAGAAAGUGUUUGCCACUACACCUCAUCACCUGAAUUAGAAUCUAGUGAGGACUGUGAGACCUACAUGAUGGAGAGGAAAAAUCCCUGCAAGUUUUCCUCUGGCAUGACCUCCCCCCAACACAACAUAAAUAACGUAGUUAAAUCAUUUUUUAAUAAAAGGCCAGGAAGAAAUGACUCCAAGCAGGGAGUCCACUCAUAUCCUAAGCUCCAUCCUGCUAGGAAUACAAUAAAGAUGUGGAAAUCAUUUUAACAUUUAAGUAACAGUCAUAAUAGCUUUACAGGUUUUAACUUGUUUCAUUUGGACAGCAGCCCUAGAUAGAAGGCACUACCAUCCCCAUCUUGCAGAUGAGGCAUAGAGUAAAGAGAAGUCAGGGCAUCAGUAUUUCACUCACUAAAAUGCUUGUCUGGGAAUGGGGGUAUAAUUCAGUUGGUACAGUGCUUGCCUGGCAUGUACAACACCCCAGGUUCUAUCCCCAGAGCUGCACAAACCUUAGGUCCUAUUAACUCAUACCUGUAAUCUCAGUACUGGGAGGUGGAAGCAGAUGCAUGAGAAGUUCAAGGCCAUCCUCGGCUACAUAGGGAGUUAAAAGCCAGCAUAAGCUACAUGAGACCCUGCAUGAAAAAAAUAAACAAAAUGCCCAUCCUCUGAAUGUGAUGAGAUUUUGCAACUUGUCUGAACAUUGCCCCGAGUUUGAAAUCAUAUUCCUUACUUUCAUCGGGGAAAGCAGACUGGUGGAAAUAGUGAUAUGUGGAUGAAUGAAUGUUAAUGACAUCAGUCCGAGGCUGAGGCAAAUGCUAACCUGCCUCAGACCCACAGGGUCCAGAACCCCAAUUUCACUAGCUCAGGUCCAGCUAACAUGCCAGGGCCAGCAGUCUGGAGAGCACACAGAACAGUAUUCUACCUCUGGCUUCUCAUAAGCUUUCCCAUGUCUUGAGAAUGAGUUUCCUUCAUCCCUCAUACUCACUACCCAGCUGGUUUACUCCUUCCUUUCGUGUUCAUGUAAGUGGAAAACAUAUCCUAAGCAAGGGCAGAAGACGUUAAAACAUACAAUUCAGUGUAAAUUGUGGCUACAUUAUCAAACUGAACUUAGAAAUGCUUUCUGUUGCCACUUAACUUGGUAGUUUUAACCAUGGGUGCUUGUGAAGACUGCUAUUUAGAAGAGUUUCCCUUUCUGGUACAUCUCAAACUGAAUACAGGUUACUAAUGGUGGGGAUUUACAACAGCAACCAUUGGAAAGUUAUAGACACAGUCUAAAGCACCUGCUCCCAAAACCUUGCUAUUGCGGGCCACCUGAGUGAUAGCAUAACAGUAGCUCUUGUCUGACUCAUGCCCCUUUUCCCUGUUUAUAAUAUUCUCACCCUUCAAGCCAAUUGUUUUUGUGGUGGUGGCGGUGGUGGUGGUAGUGGUGUAUUUUGUUUUUUGUUUGGUUUGAUUUGGUUUGGGUUUGGUUUUUUUUGUUUGUUUGUUUGUUUGGUUGGUUGGUUGGUUGGUUGGUUGGUUGGUUUUGGUUUUUCAAAAUAGGGUUUCUCUGUGUAACCCUGGAUGUCCUAGAACUCACUUUGUAGAACAGGCUGGCCUCAAACUCAACAGAGAUCUGCCUGCCUCUGCCUCCACAGGGCUGGAAUUGAAGGCCUGUGCCACCACUGCCCGACUCCAGCUGUUUUUUAAUGCAUAAACGUUUUCGUGACUUUAGAGGUCUCCUAAGAUGAAAAUAGAAAGUGAAAACAACUUAUCUCCAUGACAUGUUGCUGUGGUUUCUGUUUUCUUUGCAUCAUUAGUCAAGGUAUAGUCAGUCCUUAUUCUAGAUAGCGCUGCCGUCUCUGUCCUUGCUAGAUUAGAAGCAUGUCACUUAUUAAGUAAUUUUCCCCCAAAAGGUAAAUUAAUGUAUUUGAAGAUCCUCAAUCCUGGUGGGUACUUCUAAACCAGAAUCUCCAUCAAUUAAAGUUAUGGUUGACUGAAAGUCCAAGACUGUAUUCAGAAGGAUUUCUAAAAGACUGUAAUAUAAUUUUUUUAAAAAAAUAAAUAACUGAACUAUGUAAUUCCA